AGCCAAUGGCUGUUCCCAAGGCAGAGUGGUAUCAGGUGGGUGUCCGGGAUCAGAGAUGGCUCCAGGAAGGAGGUGGUGUUUGCAGCGGGCCUGGAGGAGGGUUAGAAGUCUUGGGGUAGAUUUAGAGGAGAACCCCCACACACACACCCGUCCCCGUGCCACACCCAAACAGAUGCCGGGAGCAGAGCCAGGCUGGGAGUGAUGGUGGAACACAGGUGACGGGAGAUCCCCAGCCGAGCCCUGAAGGGGCCCUUGAAGGUCCAGGGCCCUUGGAGUGAGGACGGCCCUGGAUGCCAUUUGUGUUGCCUGGCAGCAGGCCGGGGUACCAUGGGUGCUCUCUGAUGGUGCGUCCAGGGUGCACGCCCAUCAUGUGGCCGCCCUCAGGAGGAGGGGCUCCGGGGACUUGGAAGAACCGGAGAAAGGCUUCAUUCUUUCUGGGACCUCAGCCCACCCCGGGCCUGGGGAAGCAGGAGGCCUGGCCGGCCACGAGGCAGCAAGAGGCAUAGAAAAACGUAUGUCCAGACCCGAGCCACCGCACCUCCACGGAAGAGGUGGGGAGGUGGGCCGAGGGUCCAGAGAGACUAGAGGUUGGUACAAGGGAGCUUGGGGUCCUGGCCGAGAAGUGACCGCUCUGGUGGGAGGCUGGGGUCUUUCCAGCUGCAUUGUGCCUGAGCUGACAUUUGUCCGGACGGGGAGACGGUGACUGCGAGGGCGGCCCCCGGGGGGACCGAUGAAGCCUGCUGGAAGCACCACUGCUGAGCAGGACGCCGCAGAGUGAGGCCCCGUUCCUGUUCCCUGGCGGGACUAUGUCCGUGCAGGGCCCCCAGAGGAGGCUGCUGGGCUCCGUCAACUCCACCUCCCCAGCCGCCCCGCGCCUCGGGCUGGCCGCCAACCAGACAGGGCCCCGGUGCCUGGAGGUGUCCGUUCCCGACGGACUCUUUCUCAGCCUGGGGCUGGUGAGCAUGGUGGAGAACGUGCUGGUGGUGGCCGCCAUUGCCAAGAACCGCAACCUGCACUCGCCCAUGUAUUACUUCAUCUGUUGCCUGGCCGUGUCCGACCUGCUGGUGAGCGUGAGCAGUGUGCUGGAGACGGCCGUCAUGCUGCUGCUGGAGGCAGGCACCCUGGCCGGCCGGGCCGCCGUGGUGCAGCAGCUGGACAACAUCAUUGACGUGCUGGUCUGUGGCGCCAUGGUGUCGAGCCUCUGCUUCCUGGGCGCCAUCGCCGUGGACCGCUACAUUUCCAUCUUCUACGCGCUGCGGUACCACAGCAUCGUCACGCUGCCCCGGGCGUGGCGGGCUAUCUCAGCUAUCUGGGUGGCUAGCGUCCUCUCCAGCACGCUCUUCAUCGCCUACUACGAUCACACGGCCGUCCUGCUCUGUCUCGUCAGCUUCUUUGUAGCCAUGCUGGUGCUCAUGGCCGUGCUGUACGUCCACAUGCUCGCCCGGGCGUGCCAGCACGCCCGGGGCAUCGCCCGGCUCCAUAAGCGUCAGCGCCCCGUCCACCAGGGCUUGGGCCUCAAGGGCGCGGCCACGCUCACCAUCCUGCUGGGCAUUUUCUUUCUCUGCUGGGGCCCCUUCUUCCUGCACCUCUCGCUUAUGGUCCUCUGCCCUCGACACCCCAUCUGUGGCUGCGUCUUCAAGAACUUCAACCUCUUCCUCACCCUCAUCAUCUGCAACUCCAUCGUCGACCCCCUCAUCUACGCCUUCCGCAGCCAGGAGCUCCGGAAGACGCUCCAAGAGGUGCUGCUGUGCUCAUGGGGCAGGCACUUGCCAAAGGGGACGGAUGAGCCGAUCUCUGGCGGUGCGGAGGCAUGGACCCUCUGGGGCCCGAGAAGGGAGAGAGCACAGACCUCCAGGAGUUGCUGUGGAGACUGGAGGCUGGGGAGAUGGCGGGGCCGCAGGCCCAGGCACCAGGCGAGGACACCCACCUUUGCUGCCAAGUCUAUGGAUCUGUGCCCCUUGGCCUGUCGGGAUGCGAAGUCUCCGUGUGGGCCGAAUGACAAGCGCUGCUCCCCGGGAGGGCCUCUGGAAAAGGGACUUUGUGACCAGCAGGACCUGGCUUCGCAGGCCUGCUUCAGGAAGAAACCCCGGCGGCGGCGGGAGGAGGCGCCGCAGCGCGCGGCCGAGUGGGGAUGCGCGGUGCUGAUGGUGCAGGCCGGUGCCGCAUUCUGCGGCGGCGCCCUCCGAUUGGCCGCGCCCGAGCGGGCGGCGGGGACGCCCGAGCCUCCGCAGCCAGCCCCGGCCUGUACGCGCGUGUCCCGCAGCCGCCCGCCGCCCGCACCGAGCAUGAGGGAGAUCGUGCACAUCCAGGCCGGCCAGUGCGGCAACCAGAUCGGGGCCAAGUUCUGGGAGGUGAUCAGCGACGAGCACGGGAUAGACCCCAGUGGCAACUAUGUGGGGGACUCGGACCUUCAGCUGGAGCGCAUCAGCGUCUACUACAACGAGGCCUCUUCUCAUAAGUAUGUGCCUCGGGCCAUUCUCGUGGACCUUGAGCCUGGGACCAUGGACAGUGUCCGGUCUGGGGCCUUUGGGCACCUCUUCAGGCCUGACAACUUCAUCUUCGGUCAGAGCGGGGCUGGCAACAACUGGGCCAAGGGUCACUACACGGAGGGCGCUGAGCUGGUGGACUCGGUCCUGGACGUGGUGCGGAAGGAAUGUGAGAAUUGCGACUGCCUGCAGGGCUUCCAACUGACCCACUCGCUGGGCGGGGGCACGGGCUCGGGCAUGGGCACCCUCCUCAUCAGCAAGGUGCGGGAGGAGUACCCGGACCGCAUCAUGAACACCUUCAGCGUGGUGCCCUCGCCCAAGGUGUCGGACACGGUGGUGGAGCCCUACAACGCCACGCUGUCCAUCCACCAGCUGGUGGAGAACACGGACGAGACCUACUGCAUCGACAACGAGGCCCUGUACGACAUCUGCUUCCGCACCCUCAAACUGGCCACGCCCACCUACGGCGACCUCAACCACCUGGUGUCGGCCACCAUGAGCGGCGUCACCACGUCCCUGCGCUUCCCGGGCCAGCUGAACGCCGACCUGCGCAAGCUGGCCGUGAACAUGGUGCCCUUCCCGCGCCUGCACUUCUUCAUGCCCGGCUUCGCCCCGCUCACCGCCAGGGGCAGCCAGCAGUACCGCGCGCUCACGGUGCCUGAGCUCACGCAGCAGAUGUUCGACGCCAAGAACAUGAUGGCCGCGUGCGACCCGCGCCACGGCCGCUACCUGACGGUGGCCACCGUGUUCCGCGGCCGCAUGUCCAUGAAGGAGGUGGACGAGCAGAUGCUGGCCAUCCAGAGCAAGAACAGCAGCUACUUCGUCGAGUGGAUCCCCAACAACGUCAAGGUGGCCGUGUGCGACAUCCCGCCCCGGGGCCUCAAGAUGUCCUCCACCUUCAUCGGCAACAGCACGGCCAUCCAGGAGCUGUUCAAGCGCAUCUCCGAGCAGUUCACGGCCAUGUUCCGGCGCAAGGCCUUCCUGCACUGGUACACGGGCGAGGGCAUGGACGAGAUGGAGUUCACCGAGGCCGAGAGCAACAUGAACGACCUGGUGUCCGAGUACCAGCAGUACCAGGACGCCACGGCCGAGGAGGAGGGCGAGAUGUACGAAGACGAUGAGGAGGAGUCCGAGGCUCAGGGCCCCAAGUGAAGUGGCUGGAGGGGCGAGCCGGGCUGCGGCCAGGGCCACGAGGCCUGUCCCCUGGCGCCAUGUCGCUACUGACACCACCCCCAGGCUUGCCCCCACCAGCUCUGCUCACAGCACCCUAGGGCUCCCGAGAGCUUGUCCUCCAGUAUUUACGGCAUCCCCACCCCACGUGAGUCCUGUCUUCCCGCCAUAGGUCACCUCCAUUUUUGUGUCUGCUUUAUUGUCAGCUGCAGGCCUGAUGUUUUAUGGCUUAUUUUGUUUCUUUUGUUUUUGUUUUUUUUGGUUUUUUACUGGUUUGUGUUUAUAUUUUUGGGGGAGGGGAUACUUAAUAAAUUUAUUGCUGUCAGAUA